AUGGACAACAGCCAGUCGACGCGUCCGGCGUCGCAAUUGAUUGCUGGCUUUGCAUCACCUUCGACUCCUGCCAGCGCACAGAAAUCAAUGCGACACUCAACUCGACCAAGUCAUCCUCAGACUUCAUCACACCAGCCCGUCCAUGGAGCCUCAGAUGCCGAGAAAGACGAGCUACGCGUUCAAGUGAGCACGCUCAGAUAUGAACUGGAAAACAUUAGACAAGAGCGAGAAUUGGAGGCUCUUCGACACGAGAAAGAGACACGAGACCUGCAGCUGAGAGCAGAUGCGGAUUUCCGAAAGGCGCAGGCUUCCGAAGCUGCCAGCCAACGCGCGACACACAAGAGCGAGUCAUUAGCCAAAGAAUUAAAGGAAGCGCAAGACCAGGCUCUUGAUGAGAAAACGGGACUGGAGCGGAAGAUCAGAAGCCUGCAGGAUGAGAAGCAAAAUAUCCAGGAGGAAUUCAGCGACGUUGAAGCCAGACUCUCCGACCAGGACCGGCAGUUCAAGUAUCAAAUCAACGAGCUAGAGACGGUCCGAGCAUCUCUACAGAAGACCAUCGAAGAGCUUCAAAAUGAUCUUCAGUCGGCCCGCAGCUCACAGCAAGCAACUCAGGAGAAAUUGUCUGAACGCGAGGCCGAGGUCGCCGAGCUGGAGUCUGAGAACAUUCGUCUGAAGGCAGAGGGGAGCGGUGCCGAAGAGCUGGUAGUGCUGAAGCGGGAGCUCUCGGACCAGGUCAACCAUAUACGGGAGCUGGAAUCGACAAAUCGAGACCAAAAUGCAGAAUUGCGCCACCUCCGGAAAGUUCAGAAGAAUGUCGAGGUGGUCGAGGAGCAGAAAAGAUCCCUCGAGAACCAGCUGCAGCUGAUGAAGGGUCUUGAGGCAGAACUUGGCACUUUGCAAUUUCAAAAACAGAUGCUCGAAGACGAGCGUCAGUCUUGGCAUAGUUUGCUCCAGGAUAAUGACCAGUCCGCAGAGUUCGAUUCCCCAGAGGCAGUGGUGAAGGCAUUGGUCCAAGAGCGGAUAGAAAAGGCUUUUCUCGUUGACAAGCUCGGAAAGGCCGACGCCCAGUCUCUGGAGAAGGAUGAGGCUCUCCAAGUUCUUGAGAGUGAGAAGAAGCAGCUUGGCCAAGAACUAGAGAAGCUCCGUGCAGCUAGUGGCUCAGCGGGAGUACCAGCAGGCGCAGAGGCCCGUCUUCGCUCGCGACUAGAACGCCAGCGGGCUUUGGCAGUCAAAGAGGUUGAGUACUUGCGUGCUCAGCUGAAGACCUUCGACGCCGAGGAAGAGACAAUGAAUACCGACCAGGGUACAUUUGACGAGCAGAAGUCGGCACAAAUUGCACAGCUCGAGAAGAUCGUGGAUGAGUACCGUGUGGAACUACAACAGACCCACGAAGAGCUGUCCAAGCGAGAGGCACCACAACAAAAUGAAGCUCAGGCCGAGGCUCGAGGGACUAAGCGUCCUCUGUCACCGGCUGAAAGCGACGCCGAGAACGAGCGACUGGCAGUUCUUUCUCGAAAGAACCGCAAACUACAGGAAGCGUUGUCUCAAGCGGAACAAUCAACAACUCUUGCCCGGAAGGAGCUCGACGCUGCCAAGUCUCAGAUCAAGUCCUUGAAGUCCAAAUCUCGCACUCGUAUUCUCGAGCUACGCAACAACCCGACAGCUGAAGCGGAAAAGAUCAAGAUGUCGAGUUUGAAAACGCUCCAGUCCGAGAACAGAGAUCUCCUGGCCCAGCUGCGUGGGGAACACACGGGCGUUAAGGUCGUCCCCAUUAGUACACUCGAAAGCCUCAAGCUUGAGAUGCAGGACAUGGAAGCCAUCGUCGCCGACAAAGAGAAGCGCAUGCGCCGACUCAAGGAAAUCUGGACAGCCAAAUCCUCCGAGUUCCGCGAAGCCGUGGCAUCCUUGCUCGGCUAUAAGCUUGACUUCCUUCCUAACGGCCGCGUCCGUGUCACCAUGGGCGAUGGCGGGGAGAACUCGAUUGUGUUCGACGGUGAGAACGGCACAAUGAAGAUCUCUGGCGGACCGAACAGUCUCUUCGCUAUGGAGAUUAAGCACUUGAUCAAGUUUUGGGUUGAGGAGAGAAAAGACAUUCCCUGCUUCUUGGCAGCUAUGACCUUGGACUUCUAUGACAAGACUACUAGGGCGGCAAGGAUGUGA